CUACGAGUGUAUUGUUCGAAUAGUUUGUGAAGUGUGGAAUGUUACAAUUUAGGACUUGAGCGGCGGGAGGAUUGUGGUGCCAGUAUGGCGCUGAUUGGAAGUCUUGCCACCUUACUGCUUAUACUACUCGUACCAUGCAGCAGCCAGCUGAUCUUCCUCAUGGAGCCGCCGCCGCGCCUGGCGUUCUCCAACAGCUCUGGUGCGAAGGUGUCCUGCGCGGCGCACGGCAGCCCGCCGCCUACCAUCACCUGGCUCACGGAAGAUGGAGUACCAGUGUCUGAUAUACCUGGCUUGAGGCAGGCGCUGUCGAACGGCACGCUGUGGCUGGCCCCGUUCUCAGCGGCGCAGUACCGCAGCGACGUGCACGCGGCCGUGUACCGCUGCCGCGCGGCCGCCAGCGUCGGGACCAUACUGUCCCGGGAUAUGCGGGUGGAUGCUGUAAUGGACGUGGCAUGGGAGGUGCGAGCGCAGGCGACGCACGGCGUGGCGGGCGGCGUGGCGCUGCUGAGCUGCACCGCGCCGCCCAGCGUGCGCCCGCACCUCACCGUCACCGGCUGGUUCCGGGAUGGCGCUCUGCUCUCCUCAAUCGAUGGGGACACUGGUCCAUACGUAGUGGCAGGCGGACGGGGUGACGUCCUGGUGAUCAGGAACGCGCGGCCCGACGACGCCAGCUCGUACUCCUGCGAGGCGCUGCAUCAGCUCACUGGAGAGAAGCGGAGGAGUCCACCAGCCAUGAUUGCUGUUUCACAGAGCACGGGCAGCAUGGCGCCUCGCAUACUGUCGAUAUCGGAGGACGAGAGCGUGCCGGCGGGCGGAGACAUCCGCCUCGUGUGCUGCGCCAUCGGCAACCCGCCGCCCACAUACAGCUGGUUCCGCUGGAGCGCGGGGCGCGCGAACCCGGUGGGCGGCGCGGACCGGCCGGCCGGCGGCCGCGUAUCAGCAGCGGGCGCGGUGCUGUCCAUACGGCGAGCACAAGCGGGCGACAGCGGCGCGUGGACGUGCCGCGCGCACAACGCGCUGGGCGAGCAGCGCCGCGACGCCGCGCUCGGCGUGCGCGCGCGCCUGCUCGUCACUGUGCACCCGCAGCUGCAGAUAGCGAACUCGGGCAGCACGGUGACGUUCAACUGCUCGGUGGAGGGGGGCGGCGCGCGCGUGCGCUGGCUGCACGACGGCGCGCCGGUGGGCGGCGCCGAGCCGCUGCUGCGCGUGCGCGGCGUGCGGCGCGCGCACCGCGGCAUGUACCAGUGCGUGGCCGAGCGCGGCCGCACCGUGGCGCAGGCCGCCGCCGAGCUGCGCCUGGGAGAUACAGCACCAGAGCUGCACUACACGUUCAUAGAGCAGGCCUUACACCCAGGCCCGGCUGUAGCUCUCCACUGUUCUGCUUCAGGGUCUCCAUCGCCUCGGUUCACUUGGCUCCUGGAUAUGCAACCUAUUGAGGAACAUAAUACUCCACAAAGGACCAUAACUCAGUUCCUGAGCCCGAGCGGCGAGGUGGUGAGCUACCUGAACUUCACGUCGGUGCGCGCGGAGGACGGCGGCCGCUACACGUGCCGCGCUCACAACUCGCGCGGAUCGGUCGAACAUUCUACACGACUCAAUGUAUACGGGCCGCCGUCGAUCCGCAGCAUCGCGCCGGUGCGCGCGGUGGCGGGCGCCAACACCACCGUGCACUGCCCCUACUCAGGAUUUCCAAUCAGUGAGAUCCGCUGGCAGCGCGGCGGGGUGGACAUCCCCGCGGGCGAGGCGGGUGGGGGGGGGCGGGCGAGCCUGCGGCGCGGCGGCGCGCUGGCGCUGUGGCCGGCGGACGCGGCGGACGCGGGGCUGUACUCGUGCCGCGUGCUCGCGCCCGACGGGCACUACGCGCAGAAGGACGUGCAGAUCUUCGUGCGCAAUCCUCCAAAAAUUGCGGGAUUCACUUUCCCCUCAGAUUUAGUAGAAGGCAGUUCUAUUCAAGUGCUUUGUGGAAUAACAUCUGGAGACAAACCUGUCUAUUUCUCCUGGCUAAAAGAUGGCCAAACGAUUCCUUCUGACUUACAGGUGCAAGAAAAAUCUCUGGACGAGUUUAGUUUCCUGAUAUUCUCUCACGUGACGUCGAAACACAGCGGCGAGUACACUUGCGUGGCCAGCAACUCUGCUGCUGAAGUCAACCACACAGCCAGACUUGCUGUCAAAGUGGCGCCAUCUUGGGUCUACGAGCCACAAGACGUAUCAGUGUUGCUGGGAACUCCGAUAAUGGUACACUGCGCAACUAAAGGAUACCCGGAACCUAAAAUUACCUGGUUGAAAGGACACGGUUCGAGUCCUUCCGACUUCCGUCCACUCUCAGUGGCGGAGGGCUCUGCAGUAAUGCUGAGCAACGGGUCGCUGAGCGCGGGUUCAGCGGCGCGCACGUUGGAGGGCCGCUACAUGUGCCGUGCUGAUAACGGGGUGGGGCGGGGGCUGAGUAAGAUCGUCUCUGUCGCAGUUAAUGAGCCGGCGCAGUUCGAGUACUCAUCGCGCAACAUGUCGGUGCGUCGCGCGGCGGCGGCGGUGCUGCAGUGCGCCGCGCGGGGCGACCCGCCGCUGCAGCUGCACUGGACGCACAACAUGCGCCCGCUAGACCUCAACACUUAUAGGAUAUCAGUAUCAGAGAAAAGGUCUGAAAAUGGCGCCAGUUCCGAACUAAACAUAGCUCAUGCGCAGCGGAGAGAUUCCGGAGUAUACCGGUGUCGCGCCGAGAACGCGUACGGGCGGGACGAAUUGCUAAUUUACCUAGCUGUACAAGAGCUCCCGGAGGCGCCGCGCGGGCUGGCGGUGGUGCGGCGCGAGGCGCGCGCGGCGCUGCUGGCGUGGCGCCGCGGGUUCGACGGCAACGCGCCGCUGCGCGCCUUCCGCCUGCAGCUGCGCGCCGUCGCGCCGCGCGCCGCGCCCGCCGACUGGCGCCUGGCGCCCGCGCGCGACCUGCCCGCGCACGCACUCGCUCAACGGUGGGUACUACAUAUACAGCAACAUUGCAUCACCUUAAACUUCCAAAUAUAA